AUGGCAGAAACUCCUCCGUUAAAUGCUCAGAUAAUUCGCGGACUUAAUGAUAGGGUAUAUGAUAAACGAAAGGCCGCGGCGUUAGAGGUUGAGAAACUCAUCCGGGAAUACUCUAAAGAUAAUAAAGACUCGGAUAAAAUUCGAGCCGUUAUUGAUAAGUUGGUUUCCGAUUUUGCUUAUUCAAUAAACGCGAAUUCGCGCAGCGGAGGGUUAAUAGGCUUGGCAGCCGCGUCGAUAGCUUUGGGAUCCCUAGCAGCAGAUUCCGAACUUUCCGUAAAAAAUGGGGCAGAACUUUUGGACAGAUUAAUUAAAGACAUUGUAGCAGAACAAUCUACCUCAUACGUGUCGACCCUGGUUCUUGCAUCCAUGACGCAUGAAGAAUUGAUGGACCCUGUCUCAAUGCCACGCACUACAGCAUUCUCUUUGCCUCGAUUUAUUCCUUUACUUUCAGAACGCAUUCGCGCCACAAAUCCUUACACGCGUAAUUUCCUGGUAUCAUGGAUUACAAUGUUGGACUCAAUUCCAGAUCUCGAACUCGUAUCUUUUUUACCUGCUUUUUUGGAUGGACUCUUACAAUUUUUAAGUGAUCAAAAUAAGGAUGUAAGAUACACAACCUCGACGGUGUUGGCAAAUUUUUUAGCCGAAAUACGUGAAGCGGCUGAAGUUAAAGAGCAACAAAAACAACAAGCAAUGAAAAAUUAUUAUGUGGAACAACAAAGAAAGCUUGUUACCGCAUCCGAAACCGCUAGUGAUGCUGGGGAAAGUGUUAGAGAUAGUAAUGUUAGUGCCGAUGGUGACGAUGUUGCUUUUGGGAAAUCAGGUGUUUAUUCACUAGAUGGAGAUAUUAACUGGGAUGCAAUCUCAAUAAGUGAGACGGAAGGCAGGGGAAAAGGUUCAUGGGUUCCUGGGCAAGGUGUCGUUAUUGAUUAUAUCAAGGUUGUCGAAAUAUUGAUGCCGCAUUUAUCCUCACAAGAGGAAGAAAUUCAAGCCACGGCCUUAAGAUGGAUCAAUGAAUUUACGAAUCUCGCCAAGGAGGUGAUAAUAUCCUUCACGCCCAAACUAAUCAGUGCCGUAUUGCCUUCACUAGCGCAUUCAUCUUUACUUAUUAGGAACAGUGCUGUGGAAGUCAACAAGAAUCUUCACAAGAUGAUUCUUGAAACACCAACAAACAGCACUCCAUCUUCGCAGCCGCCGCCGCCGUAUUCAGUUGUUACCAAGGAAUCAUCAUCCUUCUCCUCAACUUCUUCUAUUGAUUCAUCACUUGGUUUUUCUCACGUGGGAGGUCAUAGAGAACCUCCAGCUAAUUCGCUGCCAUUAAUAUACGAACAAGCCGAUCCAUUUGAUUAUCAGGCAACCGUGGAUUCAUUGGUCCAUCAAUUUUUAAAUGAACAUGAAGAAACCAGGGUAGCAAGUUUGGAUUGGUUGUUGAUGCUCCACAAAAAAGCACCAAGGAAGAUUCUUGCGAUUGACGAUGGUACAUUUCCAGUAUUACUAAAAACCCUAUCUGAUCCUUCGGAAGAGGUCGUCAAGCGAGAUCUUCAACUUCUUGCUCAACUGUCGUCUACCUCUGAGGAUGAAUAUUUUACUCGUUUUAUGGUUGAUCUAUUGAAAUUGUUUAGCACUGAUCGAGCAUUACUCGAAUCAAGGGGCAGUUUAAUUAUUCGUCACUUGUGUCAGAGUCUCAAUUCGGAAAGAAUCUAUCGAAGUUUUGCCGAAAUUUUAGAAAGAGAAGAGGAUAUAGAAUUUGCUUCGAGCAUGGUUCAAAACCUCAACAAUAUUCUCAUUACAUCACCAGAACUCUCGGACUUGCGAAAGAGACUCAAAAACCUUGAAACCAGAGACGGACAAAUGUUAUUCACUGCUCUAUAUAAAUCCUGGUGUCACAACCCUGUGGCCACAUUUUCCCUUUGUUUAUUGGCACAAGCUUAUGAACAUGCGGCGAAUUUAUUACAGAGCUUUGCUGAUCUUGAUAUAACUGUCAACAUCCUAAUUCAAAUCGAUAAACUUGUUCAAUUGCUUGAAUCGCCGGAAAAACAGGUCAAUCUAUGCGCAAUCGUCGUACGCGCGACCGAGAUUAUCGUGAACGCGACCGUACACAAUUAUCAUCGAGUGUAUCACAUUCUUUAUCCUAAUGUUUCAGGCAAUCUACAAACGAGUCACUCAAAGAGGCGUCCCAGUGCAGCUAGUUCAGUUGGUUCGGUAAAUGAUCAUGGGACCGUGAAUGCGAAUUCUCGUCCACAAAGUCCACCAUCCAGCGGAAGACGUGGAGAUCCUAAGCUUCCGGAGAGAUCUCCUAUUUGA